UGUGUGUGCGUUGGUUUUUGUGGCUUAUGAGGACUUUUGACCUGAUUACGUACCGACACUACGGGGACAUUUGGAAUUAUGAGGACAGGGACAGUGUCCCCAUAAUUCCUCUAAUAUAUCUAUAUAUAUCUAAGUAAAAGAAGCUAAAAUUCAAAGUUUCGGUCGAAGUCCACUUACACCACAUACCCCUGAAACUGACUUUACACAGUGUUAACUCGGAAUUUAAUAUAGCGCCCCCUUUAGUCUGGUCUUGGUAUUGCACCAACUUACACACUCACACAAAAUUUGAGCCUUCUGAUUGGCUACCGCUGACUCGCCUAAUUCGCGCUCUGAUUGGCUGCGGCCGAUGUCAUUCAUGUCACGUGUCUCGGUUUGUGGGCGGAGUUUCUCUAUGUGCAGCGCGUCAUCAUGCGGAACUCAUAAUACGUCAAUCUUUAAAAAACAGCGCCCGGUGUACAGACUGUGUGAGAUGAAGCUGAGGAGGAGGAGGAGAGACAAUCCCAAACAGGAGGCUGAAUAUUUCACAUCUGCUGCCAAAGACAAGGAGGGAUUUGAUGUGAAAUAUAUAAAUUCAUUUAUAGGACGUGGAGUAUUCAGUUGUGUUCAUUUUGAUAAGGGAGAUUUUCUUUUGGAGUACAGAGGACAACUCAUAAACAAAGCUGAAUGUGAACGACGACAGAAGUUAUAUCACGAUGCCAUGAAAGCGUUCAUGUAUGAAUUCCGUUUCAAUGGAAGACUCUUAUGUGUCGAUGCUUCCAGAGAAGAUGGUUCCCUUGGGAGACUUGUCAAUGAUGACCACAUCAGCCCAAACAGCAAAAUGAAAAUAAUCACUGUAGAGGGAAAGCCUCAUCUGUGUUUAUUUGCGACUAGGAGCAUCGACCCUGGAGAAGAAAUCACAUACGACUAUGGCAAUUCUGAGCUGCCUUGGAGAAAUAAGAUUGUAGCUGAAGAACACCAACUGCCACCAGAGGAAAACAGCACUAUGGCAUUGAGUGAGGCCAGGAGGGUGAAAGACAAUCAGUCUCUGUCACAGCACCAGGCUGUUUCUGAGGCAGACCCCUUUACCCCUGUGACCGAAGAUACCCAGGCAGCCAUCAACCAAACAGAACAGAAUAUAGCUGGAGCCGUCACUGAGGUUACAUCAGAGCUGACGUCUGUGAUGGACAAGUUGGAGACUGAUGUUCCGGGUGGAGAGACAGAAAAGAAUAUAGCUGGAGCCGUCACUGAGGUUACAUCAGAGCUGACGUCUGUGAUGGACAAGUUGGAGACUGAUGUUCCAGGAGGAGAGACAGAAAAGAAUACAGCUGGAACCAUUACUGAGGUUACAACAGUGCUGACGACUAUAAAGGACAAGAUGGAGCCUGAGGUUCCAAGAAAGGAGACAGAAAAGAUUACCAUUGUGAAGGAGCAAUCUGGGCCUGAGGAAAAAGAUACAAUAGCACCAAGUGAGAAAACAGAAAAAAAUUGUAAACAUGAAAUGGUCUUCACAACUGUUUCGAGCAUGAACAAAUGUGCAGCAUGUGUUGGACCUGUAGCAUCACUCAAAUGGAUUGGUCUGAGAUGCAAAGUCUGCAAUUGUUUUUGGCACAAGUCCUGCUUUGUAAAACUUAUUAAGAAUGAGUCACUAUCAUGGCUUCCAAACCCCAGGAGAUAUCUGGUGUGGGAAUGUAGACUCUGCCAUGGCUGCCAAACCCAAAACCCUGACCCUACCGUGGUGUUCAUUUAGUUCUCCUGGCUAAACUGAUGGAAGUGAAUCUGAGAAUGGCACUGAAAGUGAGAAUAUGAAUGUGUCUAUGAGUGCACCAGUGCAGAUUGGUAGGUUUUUCUAACAUAUUGAUGUGUUACAUGCCCAAUUGUUUUGGUCAUGAUCAGUCCACACUGUUUGUGUGCUGAAUAAUGUGGUAAUCUCUUCUUACAGGGAUGCAGAAGGAUCACCCACCAAAAGAAGCCAAAGCUGGAUGUUCUGGUUGUAUUUUCCAAGUUAUAUAUGUGGUUUUGACUUUUAUUUUAGUCAUAUAACUCAUAAUUAUCAUUUUUGUUUUACCUAUUUUUAAUUUGAAACAAAAGUAUAUGUCAUCAUAUCUCCCAGUCUUUAUGGUUGUAUGAUGUGCAUAUUUAUAUACUUGUUUGUUUAGUCUCAAACACAGAUGCUUUGCCCAUGUCCCAUAGAGCACCUGCUGUUUUAUGUGCAAUAAGCUGGCUAUAAGGUUCACAAUUUUAAACAUCACAAUCUAAUUGAUUCUUUUGAUACGUGUUGUAUACACCAAUCAGACAUAACAACCAGUGAAAGGUGAAGUGAAUAACAUUGAUUAUUUCUCUACGAUGGCAUUUGUUGAGGGUUGGGAUAUAUUGGUAUAACAGUCAGUUCUCUGUGUUGAUGUGUUAGAAGCAGGAAAAAUGGGCAAGGGAUGCUACAUAAAGGUUCCUCUGAAAGUAACGGAACAGCAAGCUCAAUUAGUCUGUUUUUGCUAUACACUGAAGACGUUUGGGUUUGAGGUCAAAAGAUGAAUAUGAGAUGAUGGUUUAGAAUUUCAGCUUUCAUUUCCUGAUUUUUAUAUCUGUGUUACACAGAUUAAAACAUGGCACCUUUUGGUAUAGGCACAAAUUCUCUUAAAGUAAAUUAAACAGCACUUAAUAUUUGGUUCAUAUCCCUUACUUGCAAUAACUGUAUCAAGCCAGCAUACAUACAUCCCAUAUACAUCGCUCAAAACAAGAGUAGCUGUUCAUAGCUACUAAUUCUUUAAACUAUCAAUUUAACAGGAUACACCUGGGCAACAAGAAACACCAGUCACAUGUUCCAACAUACUUCAUCACUUGAAAAUAAAAUGUUUAAAAAAUCUAUAUGUAAAUAUCAGGAAAAAAAGCUAAAAUUCUGAGCUAUCGUUUUAUAUUCGUCAUUUGAUCUUAAACCCAGAUGUCUAGGUAUAGGAAAAACAAUAUAAUUGAACUUGCUUUUCAGAGGGGACUGUAUUUAACAGAGUUAAAAAUUAUGUUAACAGUUAACAGUUAUGUUUUUUAAGUGCUCAGUUGUAGUAUCCCUAACCUGAGUUGCUUAAUGUUCUGUAAUUGUUGUAUAGAAGGACUUGUUCUGUUAAGUCACAGGUGACCCGGUAAAUCACCAUGUGGUCAUGUUUGUGUUUGUGUUAAGUCGAGUACCAAUAAAACAUGCCUGUCCUUCUAAUACAGUGUAAAGUCUUUUUUUGUGUAUUGUUAAACUGAUGUCCCGAUAAAGCGGUGUGACCUUAUAAGUACCAAUUCUGUCGGAGGCGGGAGCUUCUCAGACGGUCCUUAUAUGCAACCAUAAUGUCAGGUCUUGUGUUUAAGAGUUUAAUUUUGCGUAGAAGAAAUCUGAAGUGAAAUUUGUCUUGCUAAAAAAAAACCAAAUUUUUUGAUGUUUACGGCAUUGCUGUAGCACAAAGGGAAAGGUGGGUCCCCUUAAACCACGUUUCAACUGGUUUGGCCGGCAAAGUCCUCGUAAGACUUAAAAACCAGUAUGUGUGUGUGUGUGUGUGUGUGUGU